AGACUUGACAUAAAUCAAUCCAGUCUUUAACAACUAAUUCAAAAAUCACCAAAAAAUGAAGUUCUUAAUCGCAUUCAUUGCCUUCGCUCUCAUCUCAACAGCAUACUCAGCAGGAACAACCAAGAAGACAACAACGGCACCACCACCACCAGUCGAUCCAGUCUCAGCAAUGGUCAACUUGAUCAACACUUAUACUGGAACUGACUUGAAAGGAUUUAUUGGAAAUUUAGCAAAGAGCGAAUCAGGCACAUAUCCACCAAAUGUCAUUGCUGAUUUCUGUACUGCUGUUUGCAGCAAGUUGACGGCAACAUCUAAAAUCACUUGUGCUGACUUUACGAAUGCUGUUCAAUCCAACUACAAUGCAGCACGAGCAGCAAAGUAAAUGGACUGUGGAGAUGAAUUGGGCAAUGACGAUCAAUGGCGAUUCUGAAUAUAUUUUUUGGCACUUAUAUUUACUUAAAAAGUAAAUAGAAAAUGGGAAAAAUUCGCACGAAAUUAAUGAAUAAUAAAAUUUUUAAUCUGCAUUCACAAAAUGAAA